GGGUUUCAUGACCCAUCAGACUUUAGCUUCAGUCCGAAUGUUUGAGGUACUGACCUAAAAACAACGUUGGAAAGCUGAUCUAUUGUUUGUUAUGUUGUGCUCUCACUGCUCUGUGGUUCUGCCUUCCAAAGCGAAAACCCAACUCAGACUGACCAUGGAGAGAAAGGCCAGUUUCGAAGAAAAGCGUUACGUCCAGCUUCCCCCUGAGUCGGUUCAUAUCUUGGCUGAGACCGUUGGAAUUGACAGCCUCAAUCCGAAUGUGUCCAGAGCUUUAUCCGAAGAUGUCUCCUAUCGAACCCGUGAAUUGGCCCAUGUCUGCGGGCAAUUCAUGCGGCAUAGCAAACGAAAGACCCUGACCAUUGAGGACAUGAAUCGUGCCAUGCGUUGGUACAACGUCCAGCCAAUAUACGGCUACGAGAGCUCGGAGGACAGCCAGCCCAACUUCAAGUUCGUCGAAGAGGCGGACGUCUUCGUUGAGGAUGACGAGCACGUUAGUCUCGAGAACUUGGCCAUGAAUAACACGCCUUUAGAUCUGAACCCGGAACCGUCUGUGACAGCCACGUGGAUUGCCAUUGAGGGAACACCAGUUUCGGAAGAGGACCCAGCCAAAGGGAUUGAAUACCCUCAGAACGCAAAUCUCUCCGGACCACUCAUGCAGUACUAUCAGGCUACAACCGCAGCCAUUCUGGGCACUUCCGAGGCCACAUUGUCAACUCUGCUCGAGGACAUCAAGUCCAACCCCAAGAUCUCGCCCCUCCUACCUUUCUUCAUUAGUUUUAUUCGCACGGGUAUUCAAAAGCAUGCCGACGACAAAUUGUUCACGACACGGAUCUUGGACCUCAUCCAGGCUCUUUUCACCAAUCCUUAUCUAAACUUCAGCCCGAAACCCUAUUUGAGUCAUCUGGUCACGGCCUUGUUAUCGACUUUGAUCACGGACCGACGAGCCCCUCACAAUCGUCCGAAUGGGGAACUUCCUAACAAUGUCAGUGAUAUUCACUCCAAUGACCUCAACUUUGAGCACGUGUCAACCGCUGCCCGCAUCUUGAAGCACGUGCUCGACAAAUGGUCCACGUCAGUCAACCAAUUGGCCGUUCAAACCCAUAAGGCUCUCAAGGACUCUCUUAUGGACGAGAAAACCUCGUCUCCCAGCCAAUAUGGAGCAUUAUACGCCUUGUACACGCUCUUUAAAUCUGAUUUCGAGCCAAUCUUGAGCAUUUACAUCCGCAGAUUGGACGCAGAAAUGACAGAGUCAUCAAGAGACCCCCUAAAAUUACGGUUAUAUUCGUUGGCUCGUGAUUUUGCUUUGGUCAUUUUGAGACGACAAAACAAGUUGGGAGAGGGUCAAUCCGAUGGUUCUCGACUCUAUCAAGAAUUCUACGAGUAUUUUGGCGAUUCAUUGGCCAUGUUUCCACUAGUUCCUGUCCCACAGGUAAAUCUGCCUAAAGCGGAUCUGAUUGGGAAACUCAAGGUCAAGAAGUUGGACGGGCUCAAAAAUGGGGCUGUAAUACAGUCCUUCUCGCCCGUGACUUCUUCGUCAUCCUACAAUCAGGGGACGGAUUUCCAAUAUUUCGCAAAUUGUGAAGUGCCCAUGGACAUCUUUGAGAAUGACUCUCUGGAGAAUCAAGUGCCUCAAUCGUCUUCCUCAUCCACCACACCCACAAAUAGUAAGCGACUCUCCAAUCGAAUGAACACGUGGUUCGAGGUUGACACCGAGUGCAAACCAGAUCGCGGACAGAUCAUCCUGAACUUUGGACUGCCCACGCCCUAUAGCCAACUAAUGAAUCGGGCUAAUGCCCGACAGAUCCAGCCCAAUGGUCUGGCCAUGCCCAAUCCCUACACACCCUGCGUUGGCAGUCGAAUGAAUCAACCAUGGACGUCGCCGCGGUACAAGGCCCAACGGCUCCUUUGCGGCUCAUUGAGCUCUUUGUUAUGAACCAACCGAGGAGGAAUGGAGAUUGAAAUGAACCAAUAUUGACCAGGAAAAACUUAACCACUAUGUUUAUUGAUUGGCCAUUGAAUGCGACGGGAUAAAGAAUAGAUGAAAUCGGUAGAGACGGAAAAGAUCGGCGUGAUUGCAGCGCUCAUCUAAAACGAGAUAUCCAUGUCAUCGGCCUUCCGCUUGACCCCACUGGGCGGGGUUGGAAGAGGAUUGAUCUGAAUCUUGAAGGCGGGUGUUUGGUUCCCACCAACGGCACCCGCAGGCACGCCCAUUUGAAAUUUGGCUGCGGGUGCGCCGCUCGGAUCUGCCGCAUUGAUCUUAAACAUGGGAUUGACACCACCGCCCCCUGCGCCCUUCAUGACCGUGAAUGGUACUGCACCACCUUGCGUUUGUGGCAGUACCAUUUUAGCUUGGGCGGCACCGGCUUUGCCGUAACCCCCUGCUGCGGGCGUGCGACCUUUGGGUUUGAAUUUCAUGCGAUAGUUACAAGCGGUCAAGCAAUGGCGAUCAGGCGGGAGCCGUAGACCGUAGGAUGGCCGUGGAAUGGGUAAAGGCUGGCGGUUUUUAACUCGAGCCGCAUCCAGAAGCAACUCGCGGCUUAACGGGGCGGUCAUGUUUUGCUCAGAAUACAUCUGUACGGCUAAUUUCACGUCUUCCACAUCGAUGACCUUCUUCUUGGCAUGACCGGACACGAUCUUGGCAUCUUGAAGGACAUCGGUCACGUAUCGAUACGAGUACUCGAGCAACUGAUUGAUCACCUUGGCCUCAUAAUCGAGAAUACCCAUGUCCUUGAGGAUGGCCGCCAUCACUUGUCCAUCCUUGGGCAAGGCAGGACCCACGGUGUGAGCACUGCUGUGUUGCCGCCCAUUUUCAAACUUGACGGUAGGACCGCCCUCAUUUCGCAUAUUGUCACUAGCCGCCAUGACGACGUAUCACGGUCGGAAAAUUGUU